CACAUAUAUAAAUCUCCGUCGCGAGAAACGAAGGCAUCACAAACAUCUCACAGCUUGUAGCGAACGUACCUUUGGCACACAUUUCUAUACAGGGAGAUCUUCUUUACUAAAACACACAACAUGGUAGCUACGAAACACGCCAACGAUCAGGCCGAGCAUCUGGAGAACAUUCCGCAACAACCGUUGCAUCAGAUAGACACUCCUUUCGAAAAGGCCACCUUCGGCAUGGGCUGCUUCUGGGGAUGCGACUCUCUCUUCGGAGCCACCAAAGGUGUUCUGCGCACACGUGUCGGCUAUGCGGGAGGCACUACCGAGUCUCCAGCCUAUAAGAAAAUGGGAGAUCACACGGAAGUCAUCGAGAUUGAUUAUGAUCCGGAAAAGAUCAGCUUCAACGAUCUGCUGGAUUUGUUUUGGAACAAUCACGAGUACGGUUUGACAACUCGCAUGAAGCGCCAGUACAUGUCGCUGAUUCUGUACCACACCGAGGAGCAACGCCAGAUAGCAGAGGAAAGCCGAACACAAGAGCAGAUUAAGCGCGCGCCGGAGCAGAUCAUCACCGAAAUUGCACGAGCAGGUCCCUUCUAUCCAGCCGAAAACUACCACCAAAAGUACCGCCUACAGGGUCAUAGCGAUCUGGCGAAGGGUAUCGGGCUGACACAGGAAUUGCUGCACACGUCGCAUGUGGCCGCUCGUUUGAAUGGUUACCUUAUCGGUGUAUCUGGAUUGAAACAGUUCGAAGAGGAGGCCGAACUGCUGGGACUGAGCAAGGAUCAAGCUCAAUACGUCCGAGAGUACGUCAUCCAGAACGAAGGUGGUGGCAUUUUCUGCUGAAGCAUUUCGGAACAGAUGGGAUGUGAUGCAACAAUGUACAUAUAUAAUGCAUUCUCGACCGUGAGGGGAAAAGAUUCUGCUGAUUUCUUCCCUGACGGCCGAUGGCUGAUAACGGUUUCAUAAAGCGUUAUCAUUCUUACGUUUAAAAAUUGGAACACGGAUAGAUUAGGUGAAUCGAUCCACGAUGCGAUUGUACAAGUGAUGUUAGUUAUAAUUAUAGUUAUACUGAUAACAAGUGAAACGUGUUGUAUUGGAUCUAUUACGUUCUAACGCCACUCGUAGUAAUAAGAUAAUCUGCACAAAAGAUGUCAAACAUUGCUAAUAGAUAAAACAAUAAAAUACUGAAGUCGUGCGCUUCCUAAUAAAAUUA